AACUGCACGUGACCAUAUCAAGACAGAUUCAAUUGAUAAUCAGAUGAAUCAAAAAUAGAGAGAUUAAAAAUUUCAGUAAUGCAGUAACAAUUAACAAGAAGUAUGCGUUUGAAUUAUUAGUUUAGUGAAAUAUUACCAUGUGACGAAACUUUAUUCAAGUAAAAUAAUGGUCCUUCUAUAAAAUGAGAGAAGAGUACCGUUUGUCAGUGUGAAUGAUGUUUUCAAGAAAGUGGUUACUUGUGAUUGUCUACGUUUUCACACUCCUUGUUGAUAUUGAGUGGAUUUUUAUUUUCAGGUUGCGUCUUCAAAAGUCACACCACAUCAUGGACAUGCGAAUGGACAACAGGCUGGAGUAUGCUGUUCUACUUGUCCUGCAGUCCAGUAUGCAACAGGCAGCCCUGGUUUCCAGUGUCCCAUGAAUUGGCAAGGAACCUGUGAUCCAUGUUCAACAACCCAUCCUAUCUCACACAAUUCUGCAUUCGAUUGCAGAGGAGUUAACCACUUCGGGAAUGCAGGAGGAUAUCAUCCACCAUCUUCUGCAAAUGGAUACACACCAACUGAUCCAAGCUCUUCGAAUGGAUAUUCAUAUGUUCCUCCAUUUUCAACUUAUGGAACAUUCCUGAAUGAUCCCAACAGGGGUACUUACAAUGAUCCCAACAGAGCUUCCUAUAAUGACCCUAACAGGGCUUCUUAUGAUGAUCCCAACAGGGGUUCUUAUAAUGACCCUAACAGUGCUUUAUACAAUAACAGAGCAUUCUAUAAUGACCCUAACAGAGCUUCCUACAAUGAUCCUAAUAGGGCUUCUUAUAAUGAUCAUAGCAGAGCUUCUUACAAUGAUCCACUCAGAAACUUCCAGAAUGGACAUGCCCACAAUCUAUAUUCUUCUGGUACAGACUCAUCCAGACAUAUGCCAAUAGUUGGUUAUCCAGGCUAUUUAGUAUACAAUAAUGUACAACAAAGUUCUUUAGGUUCUGCUCAGGGAGACUUACUGGAUCCUAAUGCAGAAGAUCCACAAGGGGAAACCUUUAGAGGCUCAGAUUGGGAUUCAUCAGAUGAAUCGCGAGGAGAUGAAGCUUGGGAUCUGGAAGACCCAGCAGGAUGGGACCCAGAAGAUCCACAAGAUGCAGGACUAGACCCAGGCUUGAAUGAUCCACAGGAAAACGCAGAUGAUCCUGAUGAUCCUGGUUUUUCAGUUACAGACAUGAUUUCAAGCUUGGCACAAAGUGUGAUGUCAUUGGGAUCAGGAGAAGACUCGGCUCUAGGAACAUUACAAAGCUUUCUGGCAAAUAACAAUCCAAUACCAGCUUUGGCUGAUUUUGCAGCAAACCCGACAGCUGCCAAUCUUGAUCCAGGAAUUGCUAAUCUUGCAGGGAAUAUCUUACCUCAGUUGACAGAUGCAAUCCCUAACCCCAAUAUUGGAGAACUUGCAAAUAACAUCUUACCAGACUUGCAAGCAACCAAUAUUGGUCAAAGAUUCACCGAUUUUGCAAAUUCAUUGAGUAAUUUAGGAUCUCAAUUGCCAAAUAUCAACCCCAUUACAGGCUCCACAUUGAGUCUAGGUGAUUUUGCACCACAGUUGUCAAAUGCAUUGUCAGGUGGUAGUCUACCCAAUCUUGCACUACAAACACCUCAAGUAUUGCCCAGUGUUGAUCCAGUUAAUUCUGCACCACAAGUAAUUGAUGCUGGUUAUCCUCCUGAAUUUGCAGCAUGGUAUCAGGGCAAUGAACUACCAAGUGUCAACCCAAGUCUCAUUUUGGGAAGUAUUCCAAACCAGCAGACUGGAGCAUCACAAGAAUUGUCCACAGAAUCGUUGCCAAAUACAAACUCUGUAUCUGAUAAUGGAGAAUAUUAUGCAAAUGGUGAUACCAUUUUACAAAAUUUAUUAGGACCGGAUUCCAUACCAAUGCAGCAGAGUGACAUAGCAGUACAACAAGAGCCUCCAAACUCAUUGACAAAUGAUGAUUCUACACAAAUAACAGCAGGUUUUGUUGCACCUCAAAGGAAUACAUUUUCAUAUUAUGAUGAUGGAGAUGAUAAUAUUCAAUUCGCUGAUGAAUUCACAGUCAUAAAUAAUCAGAAUUUCAACAAGCAGGCAUUUAUAGAUCCAUUGAUAACUAAUAUCUCAUUGAACAAUGAGAGCAUUAAUACAAAUCAGGAAGAUCCGAUAGGACAAGUUGUGAGUCCAUCAAGCAAUACCGAUUCAAUAUUCAGAAACAAGCAAAUAAUUAACCAGAGAGUUCCUUUACAAAUUUUAUUCAAGUCAAAUGUGAGUCGAGGAGAGAUACAAGUAUCAGAUAAUCAUUUUAGAAAGUCCAAUAGCAUCAGAUCUCAGAAUUCUAAAAGUGGAGAUAAAUCAGUAUGUGAUACAAUCAGAGACUCAGCAACAGUAUUCAAUAAAACACAGAGAGCUCCAAAUAUUAACUUGAAUCCUUUCCUAGUGCUAACUCCUAAGAACUUGACAAGAUCUUCUCUAUCUCAAACACUUCCAGACACAUAUAUCACAGCAGAAGAAUUGGAAGCCUUAUAUGAAGAAGCAGUGAAUUCUGAAAAAUCUAGGAAAGUUUUAUUUCUUCCUGAUUUUGAACUGAGUGAGGAACAAGUGCAGAACAUAGUUAAUAGGAUAUCACUAGAUAUUUCAAAGGAAGAAGGAACCGAUUGUCAAGAGCUGGUGUUAAUUCCUCUGAACCUCUCUAAUAAUACUGCAAUGAUUCCAUCCAAUGACAUUUCUGCUACUGCUAUUGAGAGUGAUGAAUGUGAAAGUGUUUGGACCUUACCAUUGUAUGACAACAAUUCAGCGGUAAAUCAAGAGCUAUUCGAGAACACCUUCUCCCCACCAUCAAGUGACCAUGGAACAACUACAGGAGUAUCUGAGACGAAACCCUUCACUCCUCAGACAUGUCAAACUCUCAUCACUGAGUUAGUCCAAUGUGAUCCCAUCUUGUCAACUGAUACUUUCACCUACCCUGAUAUCACAACACCUGAUGCGAACUUUCAACCAGAUAUGUUUGUUUCCAAUUUUUCAUCGUCGGGAGCAGAAACAGUGAUUGAAUCCAGCAGCAUUUGUGAUAACAAUCAAUAUGUCAAGAUUGAAAAGCAGAACAAUAUCACAUAUUUUCACACACUUCCACCAGAUGGUUUGUCUCUUCCUAAUUUGACAUCAACAGGAACCCAAUCAGUAACUGAAAUCAGCAAUGUUUGUGAUUACAAUGAAGAACCCAAGGCAGAACAAAGCUGUUUCCCACAAUCAGAGAAUAGAACCAAGCAUCCAACAGAGAUCUUCAUUCCUUGUUUUAUAUCUGUUGGCCAUGAUGAAAAUGCACUGGACAAGAAGAUAUGUGAAAUGGGACAAAAUGGAUUUAUAACAACAUUCAUUCCACAUCAUUAUAUGUUCAAAGUCAAGGACCCAUCCAUCCAAACUGAUUCUACAGACACAGAUUCUAGAAAUUCCAUUGGAUAUUUGCCGUGUCCCGCUUGUCCUGAGGAAAGAUUAGAGCAUUCAAAUUUCAGUUCUGGAAUAUCAAGUAGCAAGGGUUCAUCCACAUUUGAGACAAUGGAUAAUGUAGCACUAGUUGAUCCUUCCAACAAUUUACAAGUCCUCUGUGAUAAACUGGAUAUUGAGGAUAACAAACGUUUGGUCACAAGUCAAGGAGAAAACAAUCAUGCUGUGAAAACAAACUAUUCACAUCAUAAUAGUUCAGUAAGCUUUUCUAUGGAUUGUGAAGCUGCAAAAAUUGCAGUUGGAGAGCAAAGUUCAUCUUCCAAAGUGAUAACAUAUCCAAUCACAAUAGAUUCACAAGACAAACCAAUUCUGACACCUUGCACAUCUGGAGAAACAACAUUGGACCAAAAUGAUGGAAAUGCAACUGUUAAGUAUGAAGUGACAAAUGGCCAACCAGUUAUUGUUGAUGAAAGUGCUGAAAAUUCAAAGUGGGAAGGGACAACUGUAUUGAAGGGAGAUUGCAAUAACUUCGAACCUAUCACAAGUGGAGCACAACAAACUUGGUUUCCAGGAACAAGUAUAAAUAAACUGGACUUGAUCAAGAAUGCAAAGGAUAAUCAUCAUUUAACUGUUGAAAAAGAUCAUAUUAUGCACCCAAAAACAGGAAUAACUAUACUUGAUCCAAUAAAAAAGAACGCCAAUAUAAAUAAUUCUGAUUAUGGUUCACAGGAUAAGAAUACAUUCAUAGCAGGAAGUAACAAUACUUGCACAGAUGAUAUUGAGGGUUAUCUUCCUCCAACGACUCAAGAAAAUGAGAUUGAACCGUCUUGGGAUAGUGGGAAUAUUGAUUCAAACUCCUAUUGUGGUGGUGAUUGUACAAAAUUGCUUGUAAACAAUAUUGAAGAGCCAGUGGAAAAUCAAGUGAAUUCAAAAGAGAAUCAAGAUCAGGCACAAUUUUUACCUGAAACGAAACCAGAGGUGCCAAAAUGCCCAACUUCUAAAAUCUUCAUUGUAAAAAUAGAUAAUCUAAAGCCUAAUGAGUCAUGUCCUUGUAAUUCUGUUAACAGUCUGCUUGACACAGUUUGCAGUGAUAAGUAUACAAAAAAUGGCAACUCAAAAGAUCAUAACUGUCUCUGUAAGUUAUUGUCGAUGCGUCAGCAGAAAGGAAGUUUGUCUGAUAAAAUUACACCAAAAAGUCCUGAUACAGUAGAUUGGAGCCUGAAUGGAGUUAGUGGAAAUGGUGCACCAUCUUCAAUUCCUUCUGAAAAUACAGGAUAUUACAUCAUUCCAACAAAUAAUGGAUUUCAAAAACCAGAUGAGAUCUUCCCUCAGGAACAAAUACGAACAAAUAUAGUUUGGGACAGAGUAGAGAACAUGAAAAACUCAACAAUCGGAAAACAGACAUGUGAAAAAAGUAUAGACAAAUCUACAGCAGCUGAGGGUGAUAUCAGUUCAACAUCACCAAUCAACAGAAAUUGUAAGUGUAAUUUUGGAAAAGUGAAUGAGCGGCAGAGGAAUGUCAGUCAGCAAAAUGGAGAAUAUGUUCAGAAAUAUUCAAGUGGUGGAGCUACAUCUAAUUCAGUAUGGCAGAAAGUGGAAACACCCAAGCUUUGUCCCCCAUCUGAGAAACAGAAAAUUGCCGAACUACCAAAUGUGGAGCCACAAAUCCAAACAUUAAUAGCAGCACACAGAAUACCAUAUAAAAUACCUGCAGCUAAAGUGUGCCCUUCAACUGAAAGACAAAUUCAUAAGGAGCCACUCCAAAUCUCUUCAACAUCUGAAAAUAUUAUACCUGGUACAGUUGAAUCACCUACAAUGAAGCAAAAAGAAGAAGCACCUGAGGCUUGCCUUUCAUCCAAUGGUGACCAAGUACCAAUUUUGGAGAAAGCAAUCCAAACAUUCCCAACAGCAUAUGAAAUUUUCCCUCCUAUUGAUAAAUCAGUUUGUAAACCUCCAUUCAACGAACCUCCAACACCUCGACCACUACCAAGAGUUUGCCCUCCAUGCUAUGGACAUAUCAAGGAGAAUGCAGCACCAACUUUCAAUUCACCAACAGAAUACAUUCCAGCGCCUCCAAAAUAUUCUGCACCGAUUAUUUGUCCUCCAACGGUUGAAUUUAACAAGACAAAUGAAAUACCAGUAACUAAUAUUUUCAAGCCAACAGUUCAAAAUAUUCCAACAUCCUCUAUUAUAUCAGUUCAUGAUACUUGUCCUCCUUCUCAAGAUCACAGUCAAACAACUGUUACUCCAAAAAUAAUUCAACAUGUUCAAAAAAUACCUAAACCUCCAAUCUGCCCGACUGAUGAAAAAAUAGAAGAAAAAGAAAUACCAAUUUUCAAGUCUACAGCUCAGAAUAUUCCAGUACCUGAAGUUUGUCCUCUUAACGAGUUACCGGAUACAAUUCUCAAGCCAACAAUUCAAAAUCCUCCAACUCCUGAAGAAUUAUCUGUAACAAAUGUUUGCCCUUCAAAUAAUGAACAGCAGAUUGAUACUGGAACAAUAGUUCCCCAGGAAAUAGAACAAAGUAAUGACUGGCAGACAAAUAUUGUAAGAACUCAUAAACCUUUUGAAAAAUCGCCAUGUGAGAAGAAUUUGAACCAGAAUAUGAGUAUUGCUGAUGAACUCAAGGCUUCUUUGAAUGAGAGUUGUCUCUGUAGGUUGAAAGCUGUGUUAGAUAAACACAGAAUAUCAAAUGGGAAACCUUGUCAAAAUGUAAAUGGAAUCAUAAACAAGUCAUAUGAAAUAACGAAUUUUUCAUCUCCUCAGAAUGAUCCAGUACUAACCAAUUGUAUCUCAACUGAUGAGCCAUCAAAGACAAAUGAACUCAUCUCACAAUCAGUGUCAACGACCAGGGAUUGGAAUAACACUUUUAAUUACAACACCCAAGUGAACAAUGAGAAUUAUAGAGGUGAUAUUAAACUAACUACAGAAAUGGAUUGUAAAACAUGUCGAGAGAAAAGAAAAGAGCUACUGGCUAAGAUAUUGAAAGAAGUGUUCAUAAAUAAUUUGGAUUUGCUCUGUGAAGAGAAGAAGCCGUGCUCUCAAGGAUAAACUUAAUUGAGAAUUCGUUGAGGUGGAUAUUGAUUAUCAUAUAAAUUGUCAUACUGCUCAAAGAGAAUUGAUCAUUUUGAAUCGGACUACAGACUGAGCUAUUCUUUCUCAGUUCUAUGAUUUUCAAAGAAUUUUUUUAAAAUUGAGAUAUAGAUUUCCAUACUGUAGUACUUUUGUAAUUAAAAUAGAUUAUUUUGUAAUUUUCCUUAGGCUAUCUUACUAUUUUGUAUCAAAAAUAAAAUUCUGUUUUACAAAUCAAGUA